UAGCGUGAUCUAUCAAUCGGAUUUGAAAGGUUUUGUUACAAGAAUCCAUGGGAGAAAUGACGGAGCAACAGAACUUUUCUGAAGUUAUUUCUCAGAUAUUACAAGCGUCUUCAGCCACCAGGAAGGACCUUGUUGAUAACCACAGCAACCUCCUCAAAGUCGCAGAUUAUUGCGAAAACAAUUAUCUUAAGGCAGAGGAUCCGAGCAAGGCUGUUGAAGAAGCCAGAGCUCUGACUAUUCAGGCUCUGGCCAGUGUGAGCUACCAGAUCAACAGUCUGGCCAGGAGCCUGCUGAAGCUGCUGGAUGUGCAGGCUGUGCAGAUCAAACAUAUGGAGUCCUCUGUCAGCCUGCUCUCGCUGGCUGCAGCUAUCCACUUGGAGAGGGUAGCCAGGACUGGGAUUGGUGCUUUUACUACUCCCAAAAACAGGAGCUGUUCCAAGCCUAUGACCCCACCACCUUCAGGCAUUGAGCCAGAAGAAAGCUACUCAAGAGUCCCAAUAUCAUACUCCACCCUGGAUUCCAUUGGACAUGGCAUUCAGGCCACAGAGGAGUUGUCCAGAAAGAGAGCAGACAGCAUACAGAGCACCACAGACACCUCUGUAUCCCAUCUGGGCAUUGCUGUGCCUCUGCCAUCUGUCCCCACCUUGCAAACUGUCACCAGCCCCAGCAACUACAGCCUGUCUUCCCCUUCUCCUGCUGAUCUGGACAUCAGUAUGCCUCCUCCUUCUCCAUCACCUACCCCUUCCUCCAUUUACACUGGCCUCCCACCUCCACCCUCAAUGAUCUCCCCCUCAUAUCCCUCCAUACCUCCCCCUCUAACAACUAUCAGCCUGUCAAGCACCAUCUGCCUGCCUCCACCUCCAGAUGCAGCAGGAGAUGCCCCUGCUCCACCUCCACCCCCAUCUCCAUCAUGGUCAGAAGAUGGUUUUUUUCCUGCUCUUCCUCCACCGCCACUUGUAUCAGGAGUUGAUUUUCUUCUUCCUCCUCCUCCCCCAGCGCCAAUAUCAGGAGCUACCCUACCUCCUCCCCCACCACCA